AUGUACACAGCUAUUGGUGGUUUCCGUGCCGUGAUUUGGACAGACGUCUUUCAAAUGAUCGUCAUCCUCAGCAGUUUGAUUGUUAUGAACAUCAUCGGUGUGCAGAAGGGAGAUAGGUGGCCAUACUUUUUAUUUGAUCCGGAUCCUCGGAUUCUGUACUCAGUAUGGAGUACGAUACUUGGAUCCACAUUCACUGGGAUCGCCUCUUUCAGUUUCAACCAAAUGAUAAUCCAAAGAUUCGUUUCUCUUCCCAAAAAGAAACACGCCAUUGCAUCGAUUUAUGCAGCGCUUCCGGUUGCUCUGCUCAUGACGACACUCCUUACUAUUACCGGGCUUGUAAUUUAUGCAAACUAUGCUAAUUGUGCACCUGAUGGAGAUUACAGUAAGCUUUUGCUAAAAUUUGUUAUUGAAACGCUGGGUGUGUUUCAAGGCAUGACGGGAGUAUUUGUUUCCUGUAUUUUUUGUGGAGCACUUAGCGCCAAUUUCUAUUAUCUACCGAGUACAGCUAAUAAUAUUUAUUCAAAUUUACAAUCUAUCUAUCUAUCUCAUUUUGAUCAUAUCUAUCUAUCUAUUUCAGUUUAUUAA